UUUCUCCUCUGGAGCCAUCCUGCAGAGUGAGUUCUCUUCCUGGAGGGAGUCAGGAGGUUCACGAUGGCUGAGCCCCUGGCCGACAAGCUGACGCCCCUGGCCGACGAGCUGACCUGCUCCAUCUGCCUGGAUAUCUUCCAGCAGCCCGUUACUACCCCGUGCGGCCACAACUUUUGCUCGCAGUGCCUGGACGAGACGUGGACUGUCCAGAGUCCCCACUUUUACUGCCCACAGUGCCGGGCACGCUUCCCGGAGAGGCCACAGCUGAAGAAGAACACGGUGCUGGACGAAGUGGUGAAGCUGGUGCAGGAAGCCCAGAAGCGCUGCGAUUUGGGGCAGCCCCGCGGUGCAUCCCAAGAUGGCGAGCCCUUGGUCCUGCCACCGGGGAAGGGGAGCCAGGCAAAGGAUGAAGCGGCUGGGAUCGUGGCCUGCGACCACUGCUUGCAGGCUCCUGCCGCCAAGACAUGCUUCACCUGCAUGGCAUCCUUCUGCCAGGAGCACCUGCAGCCGCACCUGGACAACCCUAUAUACCAGGGCCACGAGCUGCAGCCGCCCGUCGGGGACCUGGCCCGUCGUAAGUGCCCCGAACACGGCCGCCUGCGGGAAUUCUUCUGCUCUCAGCACGGCGUCUGCAUCUGCAGCAUCUGCCUGGUGGGGCACAAGACCUGCUCCCUGGUGGCCCUGGACGAGGCCAGGACCGAGCUGGAGGACAAGAUAAAGCGGAAGCUGAUGACCAUAUGUGAUCAUGUCAGUAAGGCUUCAAGUGCCUUGGAUGAUGUAAGGUUGAAACAACAUGCAGUCCAGGAAACGGUAGCCAGAAAGAUGGACUUGUUGAAACGUGAAUAUGAAGAAAUAAAAGUCCUCAUUGAAUCAGAGGAGAAGAGUUCUCUGCGGAAGCUGAAAGAGGAAGAAAAGAGAGUUUUGGACAAAUAUGACCAUAUUCAUCAGGUCCUGGUCAAGAAAAAGAGGGACAUUGAGUCUUUGAAAGAAGAGAUUGAACUUUUGCUCAUGAAAAGUGAUAAGAUCGCCUUUUUGGAGAAAGCCUCGAAACUACACGAAUUUGUCAUCAAGGCUGUGUAUAUACCAAAGAAUGAAUUAAACCAAGAUAUCAUCCACAGUGUUUAUCAAAAUGCCACCUCCCUUAAAGGUGAUUUAAAACAUAAAAUAAGCAAGCUUCAAGAGAAGAAAACAGAGGAAGCAACUAGCCCAGAUGAUUUUGGAAAAUUUUUGCUUUCCCUUGGACCAACAGAUGAUUUUGGAAAGUAUUCGUUUUGCUUUGGACCAACAUAUUCUAACAGAGAAUAUCGCCAAUUAAGACGGACGCCCAAAGGGGACAAACCACAGCCGAAGCCACUGAGGAACCAGCAGGAGAAAAGUGAGGUUACAGAGGAGAAACAGGAAAAGAAACCUAAAAAACCUGCCCCUGCUCCUGCAGCGACCCCCAGUCUGAAUCCCAGCGGGGGAUCUAUGACAGACUUAACAAAAUUAAAACCAGCUCUCCCACAGACUACAGAAAAAGCCAAUGCCUUACCAAAGAAUUCGCCAAAUCAGAAGACACAAGUACUAGAGGCUUUCUUGGCAAAAUCCAGACCAGAGCUCCUACAGUAUGCUACUCGAGUGGUUCUGGAUUACAACACCGCCAACUACAAAGUGGCCUUGUCAGAGAACAACACUGUAGCAUCUGUGGCCAGUGCCACCCAGUCCUACCCACCCCAUCCCAAGAGAUUCACCUACUGCUCCCAGGUACUUGGCCUGCAGGGUUACAAGUCGGGAGUCCACUACUGGGAGGUGGAGCUGCAGAAGAACACCUUUUGUGGCAUUGGCAUCUGCUAUGGGAGCAUGGAUCGCCAGGGUUCUGACAGCCGACUGGGCCGCAACCGCUCCUCCUGGUGCGUGGAGUGGUUCAACACCAAGAUCUCCACCUGGCACAAUGAUGUGGAGAAAAACCUGCCCCUCACCAAGGCUACCAGGAUUGGCGUGCUCCUGAAUUACGAUGACGGCUUUGUCAUUUUCUUCGCCAUCACAGACAAAGUCAACCUGAUCUAUAAGUACAAGGCAGAGUUUUCAGAAGCACUAUACCCCGCCUUCUGGUUAUUCUCUAGUGGUACCACUCUGUCUAUCUGCCCACUGAAAUAGGAAGUAGUUUUACUCAAAGGGUGGGACCUAGUGUUCACACCUCAUCCAGCUCAGGUUACAUCUUAUGACGAAUUCGAAUAACUAUCCUCUGAGCUAAGGCUGUCUGGCUAUAGCAGAAGCAACCUGUUCCUGUGCCAUGAUGGCAUUCUUCUUUGGAUAAUUUUACAGAUAAUUCCGUGUGAGGUUGGGAAGUUGAUUUGGAAAGGAGGAUAUCACUUAGGGUUCAGAUAAGCUGAACUUUAAGGCCUAAAAUCACAUUGUCUUUAGGUAAGAUGACCUCUCAAAGUUGUACUGACCAGUGCUGGGAAUACCAGGCCAUCGGGCAGUUCACAGAGGCUUAAGUCAAUGCUACUCUUUUCCAACCCCCAGAAAAGUAGAAAUAGUACAGGCUGUCCUACUGGCUGCCAGGUACAGGACUUAUUGCACCCUGAGGGUUGGGUUUGGCUCGUGUGGUAUACCCCUGCCAUCCUUCCUCUCUCCCUCCGACCCUAACUUGCAUGAUCAUCUUCAUCUCUUUGUCAAUUUGAUUUUUUAAAAAGUGAUGUAGAAAGAGAAGCAUUCAAGGGUGGGACCUUGAUGCCCAGCUCUUUCGCCACCCCCAAGCCAAAAAAUUUCAAGAGCUUUGCUGACUAGUUGUGUGCUCCUGUUGUAGUAAAUUAGUAUUGCAUAGGGAAGGGGAGGCUAUAUAUUUUCACGUUCUAAGAGAAGAAAUUCUUCAGUAAUUCUUUAUUGAGGAUCAAAAUUUUAUAAAAGAAAUCAUUCUCUUUUUUUCUCUCUGUAGAGGGGAAAGAAAAUCUCCCUGUAGGUAGUUUUUGAAACUUUUCCUUUUCUAGGCUAUAUCAGGGUCUUCGCUCUGGCUCCAGAAGGGAUUAUAAAGAUGAUUUAGCCUAGCCCCUUCAUUUUAUAGACAAAGAAACUGGGACCCAGUUAAUCUGUCACUUGCUGAUGGUCACACAGACCAUGAACUGAGCAAGGAUUGGAAUCCCAGUCCUCUUUCUCUAAAUCCAGUACUCUUUUGCUACACCAGGCAGAAAUUGAUCCUUUGUCACUGUAUCUGCCCUCUUAAGAUGAGAACAAUUAUUACUUUCCUUUCUGACUAUCCAGAGCAUCCAAGGAUCUAGAGUCUAGAGCUAAUGGGGUAUGGCGAGGAAGCCAGUCCCCAGCUUCUGAGUUCUUAGUCAAGCCUCAUCGGGGAAGCUUUGACUACCACUCCGUUACCUGAGGCUUAUGGUUGCUACAGCUGACCAAGACCUUUUCUGUCAUGGUACAUGUUUGCAGGAGGAGAAAUAGCACUGGACUUGAUCCCAGUCUCUUGGAAGCUCAUUAAUCUUCCCUCCCUCCCCUAACCUUAGUUUGUUUAACAUGAUGACCAUGGUUUUGCCGAAUUGUUUAUCUCUUUCAUUUGUGAAUAACUCAUUUUUGUCUGUAUUUUCUCAAUGGACUAAUGAGUUAUUGGCAAUAUGUAGACACAAUUGGUCAUGGGAAAAAAUCAGGUAUGUACAAUGUCUGAAUUUUCCAUGUGACUGUGUCUGUAAGAGACUGCAUCCUGGUGAUGUUGGGGUGCUGAACAAGAUCACACACUUGAAACUUUAAACUAGGAUCCCCCCCAAAGAUAGGCAUUCAUUUGAACUGAGGCCACAGGUAUCAUAAGAGCUUGAAGGCAUUGUAGAUGUUGUGAAGUCCAACCUCCUCAUUUUAUAGAUGAGGAAACUGAGGAAUAUAUAAUUUAAGUGUCUUGCAUAGAGUCAUACAGCUACUUAGUGUCAGAGUCAGGAUUGAACUCAGAUUUUUCCUGAAUAUCAAGUCUAGUGCUGACUCUAAUCAUUAUAUCACAUCGGUCUCCAGAUUUUUGUUUUUCCUUCCUUCCUCUUUGAACAUGGGCUGUCUAUAUUAUCUAGUAUAGCAACACCCCUGCCCCCCGCCCCAGUCUGAUUUGGCCACAGAAUGCUUUGGGAUUUGAAAUGCUAGCCUGGGAGUAAUUAGAAGUUUGGGAGGAUCCCAAGGAAAAACCACGGAAUAGAAAGAAAGGAAAUUGUCAAUUUUUGUGCUGGAAAAUUAUUGUCUGUAAGAGGUAUUUCUGAUACAUAGAUGUUUUCACACUUGAUGCAUUUUUUUUAAGAGGAGAAAAUAUUAUCAGUGAAAGCAUCUCACAGAAACCUCUAUCCAUAUCCUGUGUAAUAGUUCAGGACAUGCUGGUCUAAUAGCUUGCACAGAACCUGUCACAAAUAAUAAAGGUGUGGGCUCUUCUUCCCAAUGACCUGAAGCAGUGACAUGGGUUUUGUGGCAUAGUUAGGCCUCAGGAUCCCAAGGGAAACCGUUUUUACCCUUCUUUGAACACUGGAAGGAAAGUUCUGGAGUCACCCUCUCAACUUUUGAAGUCCUUCUUAGGUCCUCUGGGACAGAAGGCUUGCUGUGAGCCUCAUUUUAGAAAUCCCUGAUUGCUAAGGAGAGAGAACCUGUCCUCUUCUCUCUUACCCCAGAUACAGUGGCAAAGAGUUGUGUCUUCUUGGCAAGACCUGCCACUACUACUCUACAUAGAGUUGCUCUGUUUGUUAGAAGAUAAUAAGCAGAGUUACUCUAUUUCCAAGAGAUUAAUCGAUACAAGUGGCUGAAACUUCUGUAUGUACUUAUAAAUGGGGCACCUUGAGAGGUGCUCUGGGAGAUACAAAGUUUUACUUGGUUCCUUUUCUCCGAGAUCUUUAGUUGGGCAAAAGAAGGCUUAUAGGUCCCUUUUCCCACUUUAUAGGGAUAAAUAACAAAUAUGUGUCGAAUGGGGAAAAAAAUGCUUGGGGGAGACUAGCCUUGGUGAUGCUAGGGACAUAUGAGAGGGAGGUGACAACUCAGCUGCCACCUCUUUAGGUAGGAAGACAAUGCAAGAUCAGGUUUCUCCCUAAUAUUUGUUGACCCAAAGUGUAAACGACAGAUAGAACUCCAAGAAACAUGUUUUUGGUUUCUUUUUUAAAUAUCACACCAAGCAUGCGCUGGUGUUUAGGAUUGGAAUGUUAGGAACCUUCCCAACUGGAGCCUUUGAGCUAUUGUGAUCAUAUUCCUAGCUUUUCCUUAAACGGAAAUUCCACAGAGCAACAGGGACGGGGACCAUGGGGACCUGAGGGACCAUCAUUUGUUCCUAUGCUUAAAAAACAAGCUAACAGUCCUAAGAAGGUGUGGCUGAUUAAGGAGGAAAGGGCUGCCUGAGCCCAGCCAAUUACACCCUCUAUAUUACCAUCCCGUGAUUACUAGUGUUACAAGUAAGAUCAAAAUGUUAUAUACAUUGUCACAGAGCCACUCUAUUGGCUGUUUUUGCUUAAUUGGUUUUCCUAAUAAGGAAAUGGAUAAUAAUCCAUUACUUAGCAUAAUAUAGCAAAGGUUACAAGCUAAUAGCAUCAUAAACCUAGAGCUAGAAGGUCCUGGGAAGCCAUCUCAUAUAACCUUAUUUUAGAGAUGAAACUGAGGCCAGGCAACUAAAAUAGUUUGUCCAAGAUCACAGUGGUAGCUUGUGUCAGAGGUGGGAUUUGGACCCAAGCUCUGAGCACAGAGCCAGUGAUCUUGCCCUUGUCCCAUGCUGUCCCCUGGCAUGUUUUUGCCUUUGAAUUCCCAGUUCUUAGCACAUAUAGUAAAUACUUAAUAGAUACUUGGGAAAUUAAAUCUGUUUUUUCAUCAUUGAUUAUUUUGAGAUCUAUUUCUAGCCCAUAAUGAAUCCUUGCUCUGCAAAUUUUCCUCUAUUGAUCUGCAUUGAUAAUUGUAGUUUUCUACCAUUUCAACAUUCCUGCAAUCAUACAUUCUACCAUGACUUUGGCUAAUUCUAUCAAAUCACCUUUCUGUUGUACAUUAUGAUUUAUGAUAUGAUUCCAGAUUUUUUGUUAAUCAUUUUCAGGGAGUCCAAUGAUCAUUAAGUUGCCUUCCUUAAGUAGAAACUGCUUUUUCAUGCCCAUCCUGUGAUUAUCUGAUAUAACCAUGACCUAAAUUGUUGCUUCCCUUGAGCCUGGAUUCAAUAAAGUUGUGUCAUGUCAGAAAUGGA